AUGGUCGCCGGUGAGCUGGUGCAGGAGCAUGUGCGCGCGGACACCGGCGCACCGGAGGACAUCACGAUCUCCAGGAAGAGUCCGGAGCUCCCGGGCGGCGCCGCGGCCGAGCGACACGCGGAGCCGACUAACGGAGCGGUGAGGACGGGCGGGGCGUGGGAGGCAGCAGCCGACCCCGCUCAGGAGGAGGAGGAGAAGGAGGAGAAGGGGUCAGAGGAGAAGGAGGCGCCGCCGGAUGAGAGCGAGGCGAUGCUGCCCAACGGAGGCGGAGGGGAGGCGGCGGGGGAGGCACCGAAGAGCCGGGACACGCAGCUGUUCGCGCGCCGGUUCGCGGUGCUCGCCGUGUUCAGCCUGUACUCGCUGGUGAACGCCUUCCAGUGGAUCCAGUACAGCAUCAUCACCAACGUCUUCACCCGCUUCUACGGGGUGUCCAACGACAAGGUGGACUGGCUCUCCAUCGUCUACAUGGUGGCCUACGUGCCGCUCAUCCUCCCGGCCACCUGGCUGCUGGACCGGAGGGGUCUGCGGAUCACGGCCCUGCUCGGCGCGGGCCUCAACUGCGCCGGCGCCUGGCUCAAGUGCGCCAGCGUCGGCCCGCAGCUGUUCGGAGUCACCGUCACCGCGCAGGUCAUCUGCUCCGUGGCGCAGGUGUUCAUCCUCGGCCUGCCGUCCCGCAUCGCCUCGGUGUGGUUCGGUCCCCGGGAGGUGUCCACCGCGUGCGCCACGGCCGUGCUCGGGAACCAGCUGGGAACAGCCAUAGGCUUCCUGUUGCCUCCAGUGUUAGUUCCCAACACACCUGACGAUGUCGAGCUGAUGGGUCACAACAUCAGCAUCAUGUUCUACGGUACCGCCGCUCUCUCCACGGUCCUCUUCCUGCUCACAGUAAUAGUGAUAAAGGACCGACCCCCCCUCCCACCCAGCCAGGCCCAGGCUGUUCUACCAGACUCUCCUACUGAGGAUUACUCCUACAAACGGUCCAUCCUCAACCUGAUACAGAAUAAAGCCUUCAUCCUGCUGCUCAUCAGCUACGGUAUAAUGACUGGUUCCUUCUACUCCGUCUCGACUCUUCUCAGCCAGAUGAUCUUGACCUUCUACGAGAACCAGGAGUUGAACGCUGGGAGGAUUGGUUUGACUCUAGUCGUUGCUGGGAUGGUCGGAUCCAUCCUCUGUGGCCUGUGGCUGGACCACACAAAGACAUACAAGAUGACGACUCUGAUCGUGUACAUCCUGUCGUUUGUGGGCAUGAUGGUCUUCACCUUCACUCUGGACCUCAACAGCAUCUACCUGGUCUUCUUCACAGCUGGAGUCCUGGGCUUCUUCAUGACGGGCUACCUGCCUCUGGGCUUCGAGUUCGGAGUGGAGAUCACGUACCCGGAGCCUGAGGGAACAUCGUCAGGACUCCUCAACGCUUUCGCUCAGAUGUUCGGGAUCAUUUUCACUCUGAUUCAGGGCAAACUGAUGACAGAUUACAAUCCGCUGGCUGGAAACCUCUUCCUCUGCGCUUGGAUCUUCCUCGGAAUACUGCUUACUGCCUUGAUUAAAUCAGAACUGAAAAGACACAAUGUCAACAUGGGUGCAGACUGCAGAAACCUACAAACGGUCCCUGAUGAGUCUCCCGAGGAGCAGACUAUACUCGACAAGAAAACCAACGGAGUCAGUCUGGCUUCCUCCCUCAGCUUCUCCCAUGAAACCUCAGUGUGACGCUGCCAAGUCCCUGAAUCACUGGACGAACAUGAAGGCCUCCCCGCUGCCCUGGGAUACGUGUCGGCACCCACGUACCUGAAGGUGAACUUUCUUUAUUGCCGAGUGAAGGAUGUGGGUCAGGUCUAAUCAAGCACAGCCACAAAAUAAACCGGAUCCAGGGCGAGCGGGGGGACUGACGAGAACCGGAGGGAGCUGGUGAAACCCUCGACCCAAAUAUUGCUCCUCUGCAGAGGGAUCCACGUCCCUCAUGCCCCCAGUCACCGGCAUAGUGAAAGAAGCGUAUGCAAGUGACCGCCUGCAGAAGAAGCUCCUCUGCACUUUAUCUGUGUUGUACUUUGUGAAUGUGGCGCUUUGCAAAUCUGCCAUCAAUGGAAAACAGGCUCCAGAGGAAUCAUGGUGGUUUCUGUGGUCGGAGUCUGCAGGUCACUGGGAGGAGGAGACAGUGAGCAGCUUUAGUUUUGUCCUGCGGCCUCGGCCAACAUUUCCUGAUUUUACUUGAAUUGUCCACGGAUGCUCUGGACUGCAGUAGUGAGACACACUGUACAUGUCGUGAUGUCAUCGUUUAUUUGUGAACAGAUUUCUGUCAUCAUCAAAGAGCUCAGUGACACCUUGAAGGAAAUGACCGACUUGUUUUGACUGAAUAAAACGGUUCAAGUAGAUCAUGACAUUAGAAGAACAGUUCUCUUGUUCUGUGUUGUGAGAUCUUCGAUGAACGUGGACCAAACAGAAUGUGAACACGUCCCGAGUUCAGCGCACAACAGGAAAAUAAACGCACAACUUCAAAGUUUUAACUCGUUUUAAUGCACAAUCUGAAAUGUUUUGGUUGUUUUUGGUGUCGACUCCUGUUGGUAGUUGUUCCGCUGAGAAUCUGAAGGUGACAGAUGUGGAGAUAGAAGAACGGCGCCAUCUGGUGGGUUAGUAGUAACACAGCGAGCAGAGCAGGGGAAGCACAAACGUGUGACAAGAAGAAAAUGACCAUUUAUAUUUACACAUCCGCCUCUGUUGUUUUGUUUUUCUUUAGUCACAUGUAAAAAACUGACUGCUUUUCUUUACUGUCUUCACCCAUUUCUAAAGCAAAUAUUUUCCUUUUUUAACUUUUGUCUGUACAGUUUGAGAACACGUGAAACCUGGUGUUGACACUUUUAUACCAUGUCCAUAUUAGGUUUGGUAUUUUACUUCAACUCUUUCCUAAAGAUUGAAAGUAACUGAAUACUUCACUUGUUCAUUUCCAUUUCUGCCACAAUUCAGACUAAAGACAUAACGUUUAAAUAAAUGAAGAUGCAUCAUUAUAGAAUAAAACGAGACAUUGUUGAACUUCCAGCAGUUCAUUAGGUUAAAAGUAGUUUACCUGCGACAAUGUUAAAGUAGAACUUACAUUAAUGACAACCCAAUAAUAGAAUAUAAUUCACUGUCUGUUUUUCUGAAAUGUUCUGUUUGAUACUUUGAUUAGUUUUUGAUUCUUUCUAAUACUUUAGUUCUUUUAUUUCAGUUAAACUUUGAAUGCAGGACCUUUAAUGGUUUUGCUAUUUUUACUUCAAGUGUCAGGAAAUGACAUCGGACAACUUCAGCUCGAGUCCGCGACACUUUCACGACGAGGAGGGGCAUGAGGUUAUUUAUUGUCGAGACUAAAAAACGUCUCCAUGUUUAACAUGUAAUCAUCAAAGGAACUGUUCGUGUCUCUCUGGUCUCGUACAUGUCUAAGAAUAGCAGAAAGGCUUUUGACUUAUUUUGUCGUAACCCUUUGUGUUUCUCAACGGGAACAGUUGAGAAACAAGUGUAACCACUUCACUCUCACUUCUCCUUUGGUUGAAAAUAUUUGUUUGGUUCCAUUUCAGUAUAGUUUGUGUUAAUGAUUGAUGAAUUUUUUUCUGCUCUGUAGAUUCUAGUGGACGAUAAUCUGACAUUUCCUCGUCCAUCAAAUUUUUUUUAUAACAUGAAUCUUUGAACCACACUUGUGUCUUGUUUGUAAAAUGCAUUUUUUGUUGUUGUCAUGUUUAGAUAUUUAUUAAUCUGUGAAUAAACUGUAGCAAGCAGCACUGAGAUUUAAUUACAACUGCUUCUCUGGUCUGAUGCAUGACAAAUGUUUUGGUAUUUGUAUUUAUAAAAGCGUGUCUUCAGUCUCA